AUGGCAACUAGAAAUCAAAGAAAAGGCACAGGAAACAUAAGCAUACACUUAUGGAAACCUCAAGUGAGCAAUACAGAGCGCCCCGAUCGCUCUACCAUACAUGAUCGAGUUCCUACAUAUAGACCUGAUUACUGGUACCCUGAAUACGUCUACACUUUUGCAGACAAGUACCGUGGUAUGGUAGGCUUUUUUGCGCUGUCUCAAGAUAAGAUAGCCAUGUUGCCUCUAGAGUAUGUACCUAAUUUCCGGCAAAAGGCCAUCUCCAAUUUCGACAACCUUGACGCCAAUCAGCUUGCUAUUGUAGAUCAGACCAUGACAGCCUUUUUGAAUGUGUACCUUGAGAGUCAAGCCAUACUGCAAUCUAGUUAUGAAAGAAUAAUUGACCAAUUUGAAUCCUACAUGAAGACCUAUAGUCAGAAUAUUCAGCAAGCAUCGCUCACUACAUUGACUCAGAUGCGCACAUAG